AUGCGUGCUGCCAAUGGCUACGUCUCCCGGAUUGAAUGUACUGGCUGGCAAACAUUGAUCACAAGGUUUUCCUCUGUCGGAAAUGGGCAGGCUUUGGUGCCUCAAGGUGUGCGGACUGGCCCGAGAAGAGCCAAGAAACUCAAGGCAGUGGAGAACCGGGCUGCCAGGCUUCACUACCGCGAAAAAGUCAAGCAGGUUGUUUUUGCAGCGAAAGCAAAUCAGCGGAGUCAAGAAACCUCUCUUCGGUUUCAUUUGUUCCGCACUGAACAAAGAUUAAGCGAGGCUGAAAAGUUGAGAGGAAAGAAAACCCUGCAUCCGUUUGGAAAGCUUGAGAGGUUGAAGCUUGUACAUGUAUUGGAUUUGGUUGAAGGUCCGGCACAAGCUCACGCUGGCAACCGAUACUUGUGGGGACAGCUGGAGAAGUUGUUCUUCGUAAAUGCCAAAGUGCUGUCGAUGGGGGAGCUGGCACGUGUACUACAUGCUUUUGGUCUAAGACAUCUUGAAAAGCGGAGCCCUCCGCCUAUGCGCUUGCUGCACCUUGCUUCCAGCCGCCUUCAAGAGGUUCAAAGCUGCUCUCUUGCGGAGCUUGCCUCAGUAGUGAGGGCCUUUGGCAUUUUCUCUGCGCGGGAGAUGAAGUUGCUGAACAGCUGCUCUGCCGCUCUUCGUACACUUUGUCGGCAGGACCAAGAUAUGUCAGAAAUUGAGCCGGAUCAUGUCAGCCGGCUUUGCGUGGGCCUAGCAGAGCUGAGGUGGCCUGACCAGACUGCGCUGCAGUUUGUGAUGCAGUUUGUUGUUGAGGCCUUAUCUGAGGCGAAGAAGACUGAUCCAAGGAAGAAAGUGAACCUCUUCCAGAUUCCAAAGUUUGAGCCUGAAGAGACUUUUCGCUACAUCACUCAGGAAGCUAUUGUACAUAUUUGCGAGGCUUUUGCUGCCUUGGAGGUUCAUUCAGAGCCACUUUUUCGGGCAGUGGUGCAAGACGUCCUGCAAGGUACUGACCGCAGGUCUCCACGUGCGUGGAAUUCGGGUGUACUCCUGGGGCGCCUUGCCUACAGCCUUGCAAGGCUUGGAGUUGUCCAUCCGGGCCUCACCACAUUAUGGCUGAGGGCUGUUCGUGCUGAAGAUCGUCGUACAUGUCAGCCCAAAGAUGCUGUCAGCAUUUUCGAGGUAGCAAAAGCUGCAAAUGUCUUGGGUGCUUUUCACAGAGAGCUACAUUUGCGCCUCGGCCGCCGAAUUCGUUCUUCAUUGCGUUUGAGUGCUGAAGAUGUGCACGUAAAUGUGCCACAGCUAGCUUUGACUGUGGCAGAGCUUUCAGAUGUAGCAAAUGCAGAACACCAACCACAACUGCCUGCCCGAAGAACACCUUCUGCAGAGCAGCUGGAGGUAGCGUUGCGCUGCCUUGCAGUGCUCUCUUGCGUUGAUCGUGCAGAUGCCUGGCCUGUGCUACAGGCAUCAUCAAAGUAUGCAUACCAGAUUCAAGGCCAGCCGGUGAGGGUUCUUCUGCCCUUCCUUUCACUCUGCUCGAGUUUGCUUCCAAAGGACGCUUGGCCAUGUUCAGCAAACAAAGUUUUUGCUCAGCUUGACCAGCAGAAGCCAGAGCUGGCGAGCACUGCCGAGCUACUAGAGACCCAUCGCUGUAGUGCUCUGAUUGCAUCCCAGGAGAGCCUUCGCCUUCAAGCCAUUUUCUGGAGUUCUUCGAUGUGGACAUUUUGA